CAUGAAUCCAACCCCUCCAAGUAUGUAUGUAGGUAUCCCUUGUGCCCUUCCCAUUUCCACUUGGAGCAACUUCUCCCAUUCCCACUUGGAGGAGGCACCCACGGCAUCGCAUCAAAACGGUAUGGAUACAGUAAGAAUAUCAUUGCCCCGCGCGAUCUGCGUGGGUUGCCUCACUCGCACACCCACGCAGGGUUGCCCGCAUAAGAAAAAAACAAUUUACCCACACACCUACGGAGUACGGGUACAUCAAAACCCUUCCAUUCCCUCUAGGCCCAUCCGAGGCGCCCCUCCAAGAACCAACCACCCACUGCUACAUGCCGUGCGUGGGUGCAACACUGCAACACUGCAACCCACAGCCCACCACACACAAAAAAUCUCACGAUGGGUUGAAAGGAGGGGCAGAAAUUCUGAACCAAAAAAAAAAAAAAACAAGAGGUCUUUGUGCUUGCUCCAUUGGAGUUGCUCCGGGCCCUUUCGGCUCCCAUCGUAAUAGACGUGAGAGACAGAGCCGCCCACGCGAGUCAACGGCGUUCCACGCGCCCAGACGCCUACCAAGAAAUACAAAUUUGUUCCAUCCACCAGAAAAUAUCCCGCCCAAUGCCACCCCUCCUUGUCUCGCUCUCUUCUAUAAUAAUGAGUCAUGAUGCAGAACCGUCGUGAGGGUAGAGAAAUCGUGAGAAGCCAUAUGAUGCCAUGCAAAGUCAGCUACACCGCCCCCCCCCCCCCCCCCCC